AUGAACUUGGCAGAUCUAGGUAUAGCAAUCAAAGCAGCCACGGAGGUGUUUUUGAGGUGUCGGCACAGCACAGCCGCGGUCAGACAGAGUUAUCUGCGCAAGUUCAACGGGCUGAUUCUGGCGAACGCCAAAGACCUGGCGGAGAACGGGAAGAGCUGGAAGGAUGCGCUGAGCGAGGUGAACUAUGCGGCCAGCUUUGUGGAAUUCUUCGCCACGGAGACCCUCCGCACAGACGGGAUCAUUGUCCCCAGCUCUACCCCUGCCUUUAGACAUCUCGUCAUCAUCGCUGCUCUGUCUUUGGAACCUCCCAGGGGCUCUGAUCACCUGUAA